GCAACAAGGGCGCGCCCAGAGGAACGUCACUUCCGUCAGGACCGACAGGGACGAGUGUGAACCUGCUUUAACGUUGAGAUGGUGAAUAAUCGCCUUAUAGAGUGUGAGGGAGAGCUGGAGAUCGAUAGCCCUCGGUUAAUAAUAGAGGACUGCCUCCCACCACUACCAAAUUCUCCUAAGAAAGUCUGUGCUGCUAAACGGAAGCAAUACUAUAUAAAUCGUGCCAUCCGCAACUCUGACCUGACUCCAAAGGCUAAAGGGAGGAAGAGUCUACGCCGCCUAGAAAACAAUCGCUAUUUGAUGACUUUGCUGGAGAAGGAUGAAUGUGUGACAGAAGAGGGUGAAAACUGCCCUUGUUCUCCCCCCAGCAUAUUUACAGAGGCCUGUAAUAAUGAGACCUACAUUGAGAUAUGGAAUGAGUUUAUGAACCGCUCUGGGGAAGAGCAAGAGAAGGUUCUUCUGUACUUGGAACAGGAAGUGAGGAGACCUAGGGAAAGAAUUAAUAAAGGAAAGGAUAAGAGGACAGAGCACCCUGCUUACACCGCCGAGGAGUGUUACCAGAGGAUUAACCGUGGUCUACGUUGUACCCUUAAAAGACGUCAAAUUCCAAUGGGUACCCUUGAAUGCUUGGAGAAAGAGAUGCUCUCAUUCUUCUCAGUCAGUCCAGAGUCCAUGUACACUGCCAUGAUGGAAAAUGGUUACCAGCGCCUCCUGCUGCACGCUGUGUGUCAGUACAUGGAUCUGGCCUCUGCUAGUUCCGACUUCCAAGGCAAACGUCAGAUGCGUGUGGUGAACAGAAACAGCGAUUUUUGCCCCCCUGACUUGCUUCUCUCCACCUAUCUGCAAAUGAAAUUCUGACCCAUAAAUAAAGUAGCGGCUGCUCCACAAUGUGUUUAAAAUUAAGGACCUAAUAACAGGGUACAAAGAACAGCUCUGUGCAAUAAUUCACAGUAACUUUAGCACAAAAGCUGACUCCUUAGUAGGGGUGUGCAUCUUCACUGGUCUCACGAUUCGAAUCGAUUCCGCGAUGCAUCACGAUUACCGACGAGCUCUCACUUCCGCUUGGUCCGCCUAGGCGGCCCUUCCUCCCUGCAAUCUUCUGAGACACAUCACAGGUUCCAGAAGAUUGCCCGGCUAUGCAGGACAGCGCAGUGAGACAUGCGCACCUGGCUGUGACGCUGCAAGCUGUCACAGCCGGAUGCCCACAGUAGUAUUGCCAGCGCCGUGGACAGAAUAGAGGGUUUGGGUGGCCACGUCGAUGGAUUGUGGGACAGGUGAGUGUCUUUUUAUUAAAAGUCAGAAGAUACACUUUUUUUGUAGCAGCUGACUUUUAAUAA